GCUUCGUCUAGGGACAGUUGCCUGCAAAAACCACGCCGGUUUUUUAUUGUUAUCAGUUGAAAUCUACAAAUAAACAUAAACCGACAUUUUUACAUUUAAUCUAGUCACAGUAAACACACCGCAGCAUCAGUAGAGGUACUGCGGAUGCAAAAGCCCGAAAGGGCAGCCGUCACAACUCCUAAAGCCUUCCAAACAGUGUAUUCCAAGAGAUUAAAGAGCAGAUGCCGCCCUGAUCUAGAAGAAAUCUUAAAAGUCUCAAACCUGAGCACUCCCACACUAUUUAAGGCCAAACAUAAACUCAAUCCACACAAAACAGUGAGUACAGACCAUCUUCCACUAACCGUAACUAACCCGGGGGAAAUCUGCCCAAAUGAGGGGGACCCCCUGGCCAAAAUUUUUAUGAUUCAACCUUCAAAUGACCCCCAAACAGUUAGUGAAGAAUCAAACAGCAUAUUACCUGAUCAUACAUCCAUAUCAGGUACAGGAGAUAAGAAAAGGAAAAAAUCACAAACUGUUAGCCCGGAAAACCUCACAAUAAACACUGAUUCAGAAUCAGACAUGGACGAUUUCCAUGAUUCUCAAGAAAGCACGGAGAACCUAUCUCCACAAACAGUAAGAGGUAACAGUGAUAACGACAUGGACACAAGCGACCCCAUAGUCCCCCAAAAUAAUGAAGAAACCAACCAAAUGGUUAAAGAUCUAUACGGUGACCUAGAACAACCCCAAAGUGGAAAUAAAUCAGUAACUCAAAGCAAAAGUAUGGAUAACUUAUCAAACACGAAGGAAUUCGAUAACUAUGGAUCUUACAGAUCGGAAUAUGCGAAAGAGGCAGAAAAACCCCUCAAAAUAAAAAUAAAAAGGGUGGAAAUGCCCGCGAAUGUGGUCAGAAGGACUUUAGAUUUCCAAAGAUCCGAAAAUACCUCUGAAGAGGAAAGAGGAGCUCAAUCCCUACUACUGCAGAAGUCUUUAAAAGCAGCACAAGAGGCAAAUAACCGACUCCCAACCCCUCCAAUAGCGAUAUCCCAACCCCAAGAGAAUAACACUUCCGUAUCCCAAACAUUUUUCUUUCUUCCCCCACCAAUAAACUCACAAUCCACACAAGAAAGCCUCCCAUCAACAUCCCAAGCAUCUCAAUCACUCCUACCCCCAUCCUGCCAACUUUCCCCAAACAGUAGAGGCCUAACGAGAUGGUCAAGCCAGAAAGAUUCGGCAAUCAGAAAGGAGAUUUUAGAAAUUGUCAACAAAGACUCAACAGACACAGAUAUCUUCGAGGUUCCGAAAAAAUCAACAAAACUAAAGCAUCUCAUCCAACAAAAAGCAAAAUCGACACUCAGAACAAAAAAUCAGUUCCAGGCACUCACGGACGAGUCGGACAAAGAUGAUGACAGUGAGGAUGAUGAAAAUAAUAGAAACAGGAGAAAACGUACCAAACCUAAUACUCCCAAGGCUAACGGCAAAGAUAAAACAGCUACAGUCACAGCUAAGCCAAAAAAGGUCACAAUACCCCCCAUAGUCAUUGACGGGGUAACAAGCAACCAUAGGGAGAUGAUGUCUAAUCUCAAAGAGACAAUUCAAGGGGUUUUCUCAGUGAAACACACAAAUCAAUCGACCAUACUGUUUGUAAAUGAAGAAGGGGAUUACAACAGAGUACUCACAAACAUCAGAGCGGAAAAAAUCCCUCACCACACCUAUACCCAAAAACAGGAUAAAUCCCACGCUUUUGUUCUAAGAGGGAUGACUAGUGGAACUGAAAUCGAGGAUAUUAGAGAAGACCUUCAAAUAACCUACGAAAUAAAAGCUAGAGAGAUUUUCCUCAUGAAGACGAAAAACAGACCUCUAUAUCUGAUCGUCACCGAUCCAGCGAUCACCCUGGACUAUUUGAACAGGAAUGCUUCUGGUAGCGGGACCUGUUCGGAAAGUGAGCUACCGUCUCCCUCGGCUAGCGGCAGGCGCAGCGUGACGCCGAGUAUGGCUACUGCGGCCCCCACUACUAUUGAGGAACAUAUUAACAACUCUCCUCAACCAGCUUUUGAUGUUUCUGCGGCGACGCAAGUCAAUUUACCGUUGACCACAAAAGCUGGAGUGCCUAGGAAGCGCAUGAAGUGGACAUCAGAGCUAAAUUCCUUUAUAAUGCGCUCCUACUUUAAAAUAACAAAAAUGGAAACCGACUUGACCACCUAUAGAUACGCUCUCCAUCGUGCCUUUGUUGAGAAAUACCCUGAACUCCAACACCUAACGGAACAACGCAUUGCUGACCAAAGGCGGGCAAUUCUAACAAAGAAUUUACUCGCUGCUCCAGUGGUGCAGCAAAUUAGGGCCGAAGUUCUCCUUGAACUUCAAGGCGAGGAUGAGUUCCCCUCAACCGAAAACGCACUUGAUGGAGACCACACUGGCGUAGAUGAAAACAAUACCGAAAAUGACACUAACCCCGAUAGAGACAAUAACACCCAAAUUGAUAUGGCCGAUCGUAAAAAACAAUCCAAUGAUACAAUAAAAAAUCAAUAG